GCAGCUCGUGGCCAGGGGCGGGUAGGCGCUAACAGAGCAGUAUGGCGGACGAUGGAGACAGUUCGAGCGGACCAGUUGACACAAGCGGCGGGCAGGGGGCAGCGGAUGAGUCGGACGGGCUCGGGCUCGGCGGGAUGUUGCUGAAUCUCAGUAUUUUGGUUGUGGUGGUGGCGGUCUGCGUGGCGGUGUACCGGCGGUGGGGCAGGCGGCUCGGCUCCGACGCGGCCCAGGGCGACGAGGCCUCGGCGCUUCCCAAGAUGAGGAGACGGGACUUCACUUUGGAGCAGUUGCGGGAGUACGACGGACUCCAGAACCCCCGCAUUCUGAUGGCGGUCAACAUGAAAGUUUUCGACGUUACCAGCGGCAAAAAGUUUUACGGAAAAGAUGGCCCUUACGGCAUUUUCGCAGGCCGGGACGCUUCUAGGGGCCUGGCCACGUUCUGCCUGGAGAAAGACGCUCUGAGGGACGAGUACGACGACCUGUCAGACCUCAAUGCUGUACAGAUGGAGAGUGUGAGGGAGUGGGAGAUGCAGUUCAUGGAAAAAUACGAUUACGUGGGUCGGUUGCUGAAGCCCGGAGAUGAGCCGUCGGAGUACACGGACGAGGAGGACAUCAAGGACCAUCUGAAACACGACUGAGUGGUUCCAUCGCACCGACCAAAGCCAGGAGCCCCAAACAGCUGCGACAGCCCCCCCCCCAGACCAAUACACCUCCUCCUCUUCCUCACGCAUAAACCCUCCUGCCCCUUCCUCCUCCUCCUCCUCCUCCUCCUCCUCCUCCUGAACCUUCCCGGCGGCUGUUCUUGACGGACAGGACUCGGACCUCCCUCCCUCUUCAGCACCAACAGAACGAGGGCAGCGGUGCGUCUGGGGGCGGGGAGGUCAGGGAGAGGUCAUGCCAUUCGAUGUAUUCGCAAAAACACAAAAUAUAUUUGUCAUUUCUCCGUCAGGCGGGGAGGGUGGAGAAUGCAGCUUGUUUUGUCAGAUAAUGGCGGCAGCGGCGGCUGAGCUGAACGCUGGGCGGUCGGAAACAUCGAUCAGAGAUGAUCAGCGGGGGCGGAAUGGGGAAACAGAUUUCUCUCUCUUUUUAUCUUUGGUUUAGUCACAACUGCUUCAGCUUCGGACAGCUUAUCAGUCAAUCACUUCUGUUAAUUUUUUUUUUUUUUUUCUUCAUUUUUUUCUCGUUAAAUCUCCUCGUCGUGGACAGAAGGCAGAGCUGUGGCCGAACCAAAGGCAAACGGUGGGCGUCGCAUUUUCCUGUUGUGUUUGUAGUGUAUGCACUACUAGUUUUCUCUGUUUGUCACCAUGUGAUUGUAUUUGUUGAGUAGCAUAGUGGGCGGGCGAAGGGGGUG